AUGUACCUGUUAUCACCACACAGGUACGCUAUCAUGGAGAACAUGCGCUAUAUGCUGUCUAUCUACGAUCCCAACUUCCCUAUCUACUUUGGCUCAAGAUUUAAGAUGUUCAGCAAACAAGGUUACAUGAGCGGAGGGGGAGGCUACGUACUCAGCAGGGAGGCAGUGAAGCAGUUCGUAGAGAAGGCUCUUCCCAACGACACUCUUUGUAAGCGUGACGACACCGGCGCUGAGGACGCCGAAAUGGGAAAGUGUCUGGACCAUAUCGGUGUUAUGGCCGGUGACUCUCGGGACAGUUUGGGACGAGGUCGAUUCUUUCCCUUCACUCCAGUAACUCAACUUUUCAAUCAAGUUCCAGACUGGUAUAACGACUACGUGUACUACAAACCUGACACGGGACUCAACUGCUGCUCUGACUCUGCUGUGACCUUUCACUACGUCGACACGUAUAUGAUGUACCAACUGGAGUAUCUCUUGUACCACCUGAGGCCCCAGGGUGUUUGCCGGUGGUUGCCCGUCCCUGCCCGACUACCACCAGACACUGAUAGUGUACCUCCUCAGGGUUGGCAGGCCCUCUCCUAA